AUGCGAGUGCAUCUUUUCGGCGGAGCGUCAUCACCAAGCUGUGCCAACUUUGCACUCAAGAGGACCGCCAAAGAUAACCAGGCUGAAUUUGAUCCUAAGGUUAUUGAAACCGUAGAAAGGAACUUCUAUGUCGACGAUUGCCUUAAGUCAGUUAGCGAAGAAGAAGAAGCUGUUAAUCUGUCACAGCAACUACGUGAGCUGCUGGCCCGAGGAGGUUUCAAGUUGACGAAAUGGCUGUCGAAUUCAAGAAGGGUCGUCGAAGCGAUCCCCGAAUCUGAAAGAGCAUCUAUCGUCAAGAACCUCGAUUUCAACUGUUGGUCUGUCGAGCGAGCUCUGGGAACGCAAUGGAAUAUAUCAUCCGAUCAGUUUGGCUUCAGCAUCGUUAUAAAGGACCGUCCUCCCUCGAGAAGAGGCAUAUUGUCGAUCAUUAGCUCGGUGUACGAUCCACUCGGGUUCGCCGCCCCGUUUGUAUUCCAAGCUAAACUUAUCCUUCAAGACCUUUGUCGCAUGAAGCUAGGUUGGGAUGAAGAAAUUCCCGAAGAACAUCUCAAUCGCUGGCGAUCGUGGCUCGAAGAACUGCCAAAGUUAGAGCAACUCGUAGUCGACCGCUGUUUUAAAUCCCAAGAUCACGGAGAGAUUAAAACAAUCCAACUACACCAUUUUGCAGACGCCUCGCAACACGGUUACGGCGCUGUAUCGUACCUGAGAAUCGAAGACGAAGGUAAUCAGGUAAAAUGUUCUUUCGUGAUGGGCAAGUCCAGACUUGCACCGAUCAAACCACUUACUAUCCCAAGAAUGGAGUUAUCAGCUGCAGUCGUAGCGACGAAAUUAGACGGAAUGUGCCGACGAGAGCUCAGCCUGCGUAUCAAUCAAUCCUUCUUUUGGACCGACAGCACGUGCGUGUUACGGUAUAUCGAGAACGAAGACAAACGAUUCCAAACAUUUGUAGCGAACCGAGUCGCUGCUAUUCACAACUCGUCUUCCCCGUCUCAGUGGCACUAUGUGAACACAGAGCUCAACCCCGCGGAUGAUGCGUCGAGAGGAGUUCAACCGGAUGCCCUCGAACGAUGGAUUAAUGGUCCAACGUUCCUUUUAAAGCCAUUCGAAAACUGGCCAACGAGACCAGCCGACUUCAAUAACGCUGAAGAUACAGAUUUAGAAGUGAAGAAGCCUUCUGUUUGCUCGACAGUCGCCAAAGAAUCCGAUGAAAAUCCUAUCGAUUCGAUCAUUGAACGCUUUUCAUCUUGGAAUCACCUCAGAAAAAUCAUGGCAUGGAUCCUUCGAUACAAGACCAAUUUGCAACGUCAGAUCAAAAGACGAAGGGCCGGGGAGCCAGCACGUACAGAAGAAGUGUUUCGAGGAGGAACGAAAGAUUCUCCGCGAAGUCAACAGCGAAACAAGUCCGAAGGACGCAAGGGCGCUAAAGAAGAGCAGCAAAAUUUUCAAGCUCGACCCAAUCUUGAAACAUGGGCUCGUAUGCGUUGGAGGUCGCCUAGAUCGAGCACCGAUUGGUCAACAAGCAAAGCACCCAGUUGUUUUACCGAAGAAUCACCACGUCGUAACGUUGAUCGUGAAUCAUCAUCACAAUCUUGCCGGGCAUUCUGGUUUAGAGUAUACUUUGUCUUUAAUACGUCAGCGUUAUUGGAUCAUCAACGGCAGACAGACGGUACGCCGGGUGCUCAACCGAUGCAUUGGAUGCAAGAAACGACAAGCGCCUGUGAGUCAACAGAAAAUGGCUCAUCUUCCGAAGGAUCGAACAACACCUUCCAACCCCCCCUUUACAUACACCGGAGUAGACUGUUUUGGCCCUUCGAAGUGCGACGUGGACGAGUGACAGUGAAGCGCUAUGGCGUCCUCUUCACGUGUUUGACGACCCGUGCUAUCCAUCUUGAAGUCUCAAGCUCUUUAGACACGUGUUCUUUUAUCAAUGCCCUGCGUAGAUUCAUCUCGAGGAGAGGCCAACCAGACGAAAUUCGAUCGGACAACGGAGGAAACUUUGUAAAGGGAGAGAAAGAGCUACGUGAAGCUGUGAAGAAAUGGAACCAAUCACAGAUCAACGAAUUUCUUCUACAAAAGAAUGUCAAGUGGACAUUUAAUCCUCCCACUGGUUCCCAUCAUGGUGGUGUCUGGGAAAGGUGUAUCAGAACCACACGAAAGGUGAUCAAGGCUGUGACCAGAGAACAAAUCCUGGACGACGAAGGCAUUAAUACAUUGAUGUGCGAAGUCGAGGCAAUCGUAAAUGGACGACCAAUCACCAAGCUCUCCGAUGACCCGCGCGACAUGGAACCUCUGACCCCUAACCACCUGUUGUUGUUGAGAGCCGGGCCCACACUUCCCCCACAACUACCACCAAGCAAGAUGCAUACAGUCGGAGAUGGCGCCAAGUACAGUACUUAG